CCCAUGAGCGUCAAUCAAAGUUGAAACACAGUAAAGAACAUUCUACCCAGUUGUUAUGUUGGUCAGCCUUUCCCUAGUUCCUAUCGUCACUGCUGCUCUAACAAUAACCACCUUUCCUCCAACCUUCUCCUUUAUAUAUUUACUCCUUUUUGUCGAUUCCUCAUUUCUUCUUUCUCUUUUGUAAAUCCUGCCCUUUUCUUCAAAUUAAGCAUUAUUUCUCAAUCCCCACUUGAACAAUCUCAAUUUUACCCUCCUCCGUAAUUUUUUUUAAUUUAACAUAAAUCUUGAUUUUUUUUUAAUAAUCGCCGUGUUUGGAUCAACUUGUGCGCACCUCAGACUAAUUCUAUUGCUAGGUAUCAGGUGAAUUUCAGUGAAGCAGACAUUACGUGCUAGCAGGAAAGAGUUUGUGCUAAGAAUACUUUGUGCAUAGAGCAGCUAAUGAUAGCCCUAUAGUAUGGAUUCAGGCGAUUAUUAUGGAUAUGGUGUGACUGAUAGGGAUCUGUCAUACUCUUCAUACCCAACUGUUAGUUCUUUAGAGACUAGACCGUUUGGAACCUCGAAAUUUGAUUCAGGAAAUUCGCCACUUGCGAACUAUUUUGAGUCUCACACCUUUAACACAGUAACUGAUUACCAGGAGCAGCACAGCUUUAUAGAGAAUCUUUCAGGAGCUAGUUCUUCCAGUGAUUCCUCACUGGAUUAUAACCAGUAUUUCCAUCGGCCAAGGCCCUCAGAAGAUUGUCUUCCAGAAGGUCUGCAGGUUUUCUCUAGUGGAACUUCUGCACUUCACAAUGUAGAUCACAGUCGGAACAUGAAGCAUACUCAUCUGCAGUUGGAGUCUGCUUUGGUGGGGCCACAUGAAGAUGCAAUGAAAUCCAACCCCUAUCUUGGCAAAAAUAGGGGGGCACAAACAUCAAGUCUGAGGUCUAGAGCAUGGAACAAGGAAGCUCAAGUUUUGGAUCGAACUCAACAAUCACUAGUUUCUAUCCUUAAUGGAAUUCAGAGUGAUACGCAAGACAAAGUAAUGGAGGACUUAAUCUUGCUGGAUGUUCCUUCUAGCAAUCUGAAGCAGUUGCUUAUAACAUGCGCCAGAGCUCUUGCUGAAAACAAACUAGAUGAUUUUGAAAUACUGGUUGCUAAGGUGAGGAGCUUUGUGUCUGUUACUGGAGAUCCCAUCCAGCGUCUUGGUGCUUACAUUGUAGAAGGCCUCGUAGCCAGAAAGGAGUUAUCUGGAACCACAAUAUACAGGAGUUUGAGGUGUAAGGAGCCGGCUGGGAAGGACUUGUUUUCCUACAUGUAUAUCCUCUAUGAAAUAUGUCCCUACCUAAAGUUCGGCUACAUGGCUGCAAAUGGUGCCAUAGUAGAAGCAUGCAGAAAUGAAGAGCGUAUCCAUAUUAUAGACUUCCAAAUUGCGCAGGGGACCCAGUGGAUGACUAUCUUACAAGCUCUUGCUGCACGACCUGGUGGUGCACCUUACGUACGUAUUACAGGAAUUGAUGAUCCACUUUCACAAUACGCUCGGGGAGAUGGAUUGGCGGCAGUUGCCAAACGGCUAUCAGCAAUUUCUGAGAAAUUCAACAUUGCAGUUGAGUUUCAUGCAGUGCCAGUUUUUGCUCUGGAAGUCACUAGGGACAUGCUUGAUGUAAGGCCAGGUGAGGCAUUGGCAGUAAACUUCCAUUUGCAACUUCACCACACCCCUGAUGAGAGUGUUGACGUGAAUAACCCUAGGGAUGAUCUCAUUAGGAUGAUAAAAUCGCUUUGCCCCAAGAUAGUCACUUUGGUGGAACAAGAAUCAAAUACAAACACAGCUCCAUUUCUCCCUAGGUUUGUUGAAGCCCUAGAUUACUACCAUGCAAUGUUCGAGUCCAUAGAUGCAACCCUACCAAGGGACAGCAAGGAGCGGAUCAAUGUCGAGCAGCAUUGUUUGGCUAGGGAUAUAGUGAAUGUUGUAGCAUGUGAGGGCAAGGAAAGGGUGGAGCGUCACGAGCUAUUGGGAAAGUGGAAAUCCAGGUUCAUGAUGGCAGGUUUUCAGCAAUAUCCUUUGAGCGCUUAUGUCAGUUCGGUGAUAAAGGACCUGAUGAACCGUUACUCGGAGCAUUAUGCAUUAGUGGAGAAAGACGGGGCUAUGCUGUUGGGGUGGAAGGAGCGAAAUCUAGUGUCUGCAUCUGCUUGGUUUUAAGUAUAUGAAGUAUGAGAAGCACAGAAAGAGUUGUACAAGUAUCAAAGUUGUAGUUCAUUAUCUGGAAACAGAUGAAUAGCUUUCUUUUAUUACUUAACCAGACGAUAGGAUUGAUCAGGUAAUCAUACUCAUGUUCAUAUAGUUUUAAUUUUCUGAAAUCUGAGUAUAGAAAAACGCUUUAUGGUUUAAUAUCAGAAAACAUUGUUCAAUA